AUGCAUGAGCAGCCCCUCACUACAGUUCUGGCCCUCACAGCAGUCCAUGGGGGCUGCUUCCUGAGUGACUCUUUUCAGACUGUAGCCUGCAGUGAACCUGAUCUUGCUGAGCGCGUGCGGAGGCUCGAGCAAGCCCUGCUUGCAAAAGGAGACCAAGGGCAGCACCAUCGCGACACGACGGAUCAACAAAGCGACUGGGAGAUAUCAAUCUCCGACGACCGGACUGCCGUUCGAGCGCAAGGCGAAUCGGGUCAUGAUGCUGACGUUUCGCAAAGCCAGGAGAGCGUUGCAAAUCCUGCGCCUGGCACAGAGGUCAGACUUCAGGCGCAAGAGUUGGUGAUCAACACGAACGAAUAUUUACUUCUGGGCUCAGCUCCUCAAUGCAAACCAUUAUCUAUCGCAGAGCUUGUUCAAGUUUUGCCCAAUCGCACCAAUGCGAGAAGGCUAUUCGGAUUCUACAUGGAAAAUAUAAAUUGGGAUCAACACAUUGUUCAUGUCCCUACCACAUCCCACGACCUAGAACUCAUCUACGACCAACUUUCUGAGGGGGUGAAACCGGAGGGCUGCCGGUUAGCUCUCAUUGCAGCAAUAUUUGCAGUUGCGGCCUAUUUUUGGCCAGAUCCUCCGCUAUCAGAACCAGCGUUAGAAGAUCCGAAGACUUGUUGCCGCAAGUGGAUUAUACUGAUUCAACAUGUUCUUGUGGAGUCAAACCACCUGAGCUUCCCCACGCUCGAAACACUUCAAGCAAAAAUGCUUCUCACGCACUUUCUGCCGGUCUUUCCGCAAACUACGGGACGCAGAAGCCAACAAACCCAACUAGUAAAUGCGGCGCACAUGCUCCAGAUUCAUCUCGUCGACUCCCCUCGUGAGCGUGCACUCCGUGGGAAUGAUACUCAGGACCUGAUAGAGCUCGAGGUCAAGCGAAGAGUUUGGUGGAACAUCGUGGCAGGCGACUGGAUGUUGUCUUUCAUGACCGGGCCUCAGCAAGGCACUUACAUAAUACACCCCGAUCAAAUGAAUGUCGAGUUCCCGAGUAAUGUCGACGACAAAGACAUUACGGCCGACGGGACCUAUGACGAACCCGUCCUGGGCUCGCCUACCGAAAUGACCUUCACCAUCGCGAAGAUUCGCGUCAGCACCGUGAUCCGCGAACUCAUAGACACGGCAAACAAAACCAAGGUGGCCGUCGACGAGCUCGACUAUGAACAGAUCCUCGUUUUCGACAAGAAGUUGAACGACGUGUAUGACUCGUUGCCACCAUAUUUCCGCUACGAAGAUGCCAGUCGACCGUACGUCCAGGAGAUUUACAAUGCUCGCCCAUAUCUCGGGCGACAGCGAAAUUUUCUAUUGUUUGGACUCUACAUCCGGCUCUCGCUGCUCCAUCGUCCUUUCCUGACCCGGUCCUACAAGGAGCCACGGUACCGUUACAGCCGGAUGGUUUGUCUGCGGUCGGCACGGAUCGUGAUCGACCUGCACAAGGCUAUGCGGCAAGUCAGUUCCGGACGCAUGUGGGUCGUCAUGUACCAUGUUUUCGUGGCGACCACCACGCUGGUGAUGGACUACGCCUGCCAAAGGGAUGAUGACCCACAAGCUGCAAGUGAAAGAAAGCAGGAAAUUCUCAAUUGCUAUAGGAUCCUCGAGGAGGGCGAAGAACGAGAUCCGGAAGUCAAGGACGGAUUGGCCACGCUCAAGCGUAUUACCAAUGAGUGGAGGAUGAGGAGUGACUCAGCGCUAUAUACCUCGAUGCCGAGGAGGAUCCCAGAUGAGGUGUCUCUUGUGACGUCGAGCGAAUCCCGACCCAGGACAGAAAUGCAUCGGCAGUCUCAAUCUCAAGACCAAAACCAUUCAACAGGUCCGAGCCGGAACAGCAAAAGAACGACAAUGGCUGGCUCAACAUCUAUGACAAGACCGCCUACCGCGACAACAACGCGCGAGCCUUACCUUGUAGGAAUUCCAGAGGCACCAAAUAUCAACAAUGAUAUUCCAAACCUAGUCUCGGACCGAUCCACUUGGUCGUCCCUCGACACGACCACUCCUCCGCGCUACAUCGGAUCCGACAUAAUACAUCAGGACGGGCUUGAGGUGGAAGCCGGGCUAGGAUCCGCGUGUUGUCCACCACCUGUCUCGGAUCUGUGGUUCCCACACUUUGACGCAGACUUGGACCCGACGUACAAUCUGCAGUGGGAGGCUUUGUUUCGAGACCUGGAUAAUCAACAGACACGACUUGGUCUUUGA